AUUUAGGUCUUCCUCUCUCGAUGCAGACGUCCACUCAAGAUGGAGCCGUUUUUCGACAGCGUAUGAUGCCGCAGGGUGCGACGGCACGUUCUCCAGGCUCCGUUGGCCACGCCCUCUCUCGCGGUCCCUGCUGGAUCCUGGCCUUUGUGGGUGAGCACACGACCGCUCCAGUCAGCCCUGACCCUAACAGGGCCGCACACUCGGAUGCGCACACUCGGAUGGGCGCUCAGGACGGAUGCACGCCGCCACGGGGAUGUGUACACACACGAUCAGGCACAGACGAACCGCACCAGUCAGGCCCAGCACGGCCGCCACCGCUCUUGCUGCCGUCUCCUCGACCGCUCCCGCUGCCGUGUUCAGGGCUCGGGGCGGGAGGGUGGUGGCUCUGGAUGACGGAGAAGGCCUCGUAUGACCUUGUCCAAACCGCCGACCGCGACGCGCUCAUUGGCGCUGCCUUCGCCUUCCGGCAGAUUGAUCCGUGCGACGCAGGGCGCACGGGCGUCUGGUGCGCACGGGCGUGUGGACGCCGCGCUUCGAAAACAACUCGAAGCGCUGCAUCGAGGACGCGGAGACGCCUAUUCACAGCCGCGGGACGCGGAGACCCGCCGCGUCUUCUCUUGGUACGCCGGCGCCGGGAGGAGCAUCUGCCCGCGAUGCGUCAACAUCAGCGGAUGCGCGGCAGAGGUCGAGGAGCUAGACCGUCAGCGCGACGGCCGCCGCUGCUCGUUGUCCGGGGGUCUGACAUCCGAGGAGGAGGCGGAGAAGGCGGCGGCGUCGCGACGCCGGAAGCACGGCUGGGAGGGGAGGGGGCAGGGGGGGGAGGGGCAGGGCGCACGCAUAGCGACGCCUUCUCGCCGGAGCUGCCAGAGAGGUGCUGCAGCUCUCUCUCCUCUGCUAGGUGUGCCGGGCCUACUACGUGUGGGAGAAGGAGUGUGCCGCCGCCUAACGGGAGAUAUGGGGAGAUAUGGGGAGAUAUGGGGAGAUAUGGGAGAAGGAGUGUGCCGCCGCCUAGCGCCGCGCUGGCGGCGGCGAGGGGAGAGGGAGGAGCAGGAGGAGGAGGAGGCAGUGAAGAGGAGCGGCGUCGCCGCUGUAGGAGGAGGCCCCCCUCUCGCCGUGUAGGGGGAGGGGGCGCGUAUACGCGGAGCGUUGGAAAUAGAACGGAGAUGGUGGAGCGCGGCCAGAGCGCGGCCGUUGGUCCGAUGGUGUCCGAGUCUCCCUCUGUGCGUAGGGCGUCGCCAAGGGUCGCACACCUUAACCUCUCUCACAGACU